AUGUUAUUUAGUUGCGAAAACUCUUUAGAGGGUAUUUGGUUAGCGUUAACUGAUUGCGCAGAUCUUUUGAAAAAUCAAAAAUCGAAAAUCAAAAAUCUAAAUACCAAGAAGUAUUCAGCUCUAUUACGUUGUACAAUGGAUGCAAUAUCAGAUAGAGUAUUUACAGAAACUUCGCUUGAAUCAACGACCAAUGAUGAGCCAUCACUACUUACUAUAAUACUAGACAUAUCUCCACGAGGUUGGUAUAGUAUCAAAGAUUCAACUUCAUUACAAGAUGUAGCUAAAUCGUUACUUGUGUUUUUGAAUGGACAUUUAUCAAUCAACAAUUCCAACCAAGUGUCAUUUAUUGUCAGUCUGCCUCAAACUUCCAAAUUCCUAUACCCUCAUCCCAGCAAUCAGAAAACUUCGACUACGGACUCUAAGAUAUCACCAGGGAUGUAUCGACAAUUUAAAAAUGUAAAUGAAGUGGUAUUAGAAGAAUUGAACCGAUUUAUUAAGGAAACAAGUGAAAUAUCAGUUGUAUCUACUGCUAGGCGAAAUUCUAGUAUUACUGGUGCUAUAAGUAUGGCACUAACCUAUACUUAUAGAAUGUCAAUAUUAGAUCAAUCAAUACAAACUACAACAGCGUCAGCAAUAAAUACAUCAUCUAUAAAUGCCAAGCAAUCUGAUGCAUCUUCAUCCUCCACUACAGCUGGAAUAGUGCCUUCAACUUCAACAUCUAUAAAAUCAAGGAUUCUAAUAGUCAGUGCAAAUGAUGGCGACGACAGUAUUAACUAUAUCCCUUUAAUGAAUUGUAUCUUUACGGCACAGAAGUUAAAAGUAUCAAUCGACGUAGCUAAAUUGGGGUUUAAAAACUCAUCCUAUUUACAACAAGCUAGUGAUGCAACAAAUGGAGUAUACUUACACAUUGAAGAUCCCCAGGGAAUAAUUCAAGUUUUGACAACUGCUUUUUUUAUUGAACCCAAUUUACGCCCCUAUGUUAUUUUACCAACAAAUACUCAAGUCAAUUAUAAAGCUAGUUGUUUUAUUACAAAGCGACCUGUAGACGUGGGAUUUGUUUGUUCAGUUUGUUUAUGUAUAAUGAGCAAGAUACCUGAAGACGAGAAAUGUCCUGCCUGUUCAAGUGAAUUUGAUAAACGAAGUAUUUAUGAAUUGACUAAAGAUCCACAAGUUGUGACUAGAAAGAAACGGAAGUUGGAUGAUAGUGCUAAAGCCAAUGGGAGUUAA